AUGCAAAAUCCUGAGCCGGUGAUUUAUUCGCUGCUGCCCAAUUCCGAGAGGUUGCGAAACAUCAGGGAACAUGUGCUUCAUGACCUCAACGAUAUCUGGCAGGACGACGACCUCACCGAGCAAAUUGAGCAUUUCAAGUACAAACAGGAACUCAAGAAGACCUUUUCCUUUGGGUCCAUCAUUGGUCUGGGAUUCUCGUUGAUGAACGUUCCAUUUGGAAUCUCGUCCACGUUGGCAAUUGGACUCGUUUGUGGAUCUAGUUUCACCAUUUUAUGGGGAUGGGUUCUGUUCUCCUUUUUCACCCUACUUAUUUCGCUGUCCUUGGGAGAAAUUUCAGGCAAGUUCCCGAGUUCGGGAGGAGUUUACCAUUUCAGCAGCAUCUUGGCCAACGAAAAGUACUCUCUCGUUAGUUCAUGGUUCACUGGUUGGUACCUUGUUUUGGGAAACUGGCUCAUGUUCAUUUCCUAUGCAUUUGGUGGGAGUCAAUUCAUUUUGUCGAUAUUUGGGCUUAAAAGCAGCGAUUACAAGCACGAUGAUCUGUUUGUGUUGCUGCUCUAUUUUGCUAUCAUCAUUUUCAGUGCACUGGUCAACCUGAAGUUCCAGAAACAUCUCGAAAGAAUCAACAAGCUGUGUAUUUACUGGACCAUCUAUACAGUGCUAGUGAUGGAUUUUCUGCUGAUGCUAUUCAGCUCCGACUUCCACGAUAUCAAACACAUCCUCACCAACUUUGACGCAUCCCGCAGCGGCUGGCCUGCGGUGCUCGCAUUCUUCAUCGGAGGAAUCCAGUUCUCCUCGCUCACCUUCAACGGAUAUGGAAUGAUCGUUUCGAUGAGUGAGGAAGUCAAAACCCCAGAAAAAACGAUUCCUCAGGGUCUGCUGGUUUCCGUUCUCGUUAGCAGUCUGACCGGUCUCAUUUUUAUCAUCCCGAUCUUGAGUAUCCUGCCCGAUCUGCAGCUGCUUCUGGACGACAACCCAGACAUCUUCCCUAUCGACAUUGCUUUCAAGCUGUCCACAAAAUCGUUCUUGGUUUCGUUUGUGUUGGUCAUUUUGAUUGUCGGAUCCUCUACAUUUGCUACUAUCGGCUCUCUCACUACAGCCUCCAGAACUGUGUAUGCUUUGGGAAGAGAUAGAGGACUCCCUUUCAACCAGCUCUGGGAACAGGUCGAUACCAUGGCCGACGAGGAGAUCGUCCCGAAAAACGCUCUCCUGUUGUCUGUGGGUGUUUCGUUCAUGUUGGGAUCGUUUUCGAUGGUUUCAGGAACCGCAUUCAAUGCGUUUGUCGGCUGUGCUGUUGUUGCCCUGAACGCUGCGAAUGGCAUCCCGAUUCUCUCGUCCAUGCUCAACAAACGGCGCAAAAUCAGAGGUUCUACAUUCAAGCUACGCAAGCUUGGAUACCUGAUCAACGGACUGAGUGUGAUUUUCAUCCUGCUAACGAUUGUGGUACUGUGCAUGCCUCCGUCGCGCUACAUCAACAUUGCAACCAUGAACUAUGCGGUUGCAGUGUUUGGACUUUUCAGCAUCCUUAUUGCGGUGCUCUACUAUUUCUGGGGCCGCUAUAAUUUCCACGGUCCACUGAUCGACCACGAUUACCAGGCAGAGUCUGCGAUCCCUACAGCUUUAGAACAGGUGCCGACACCAGAUGAUCCGGAGCCAAGCGACGAGGACAGGUUUGUUCUUGAAGAGAGCGAGUAUAUUACACACGAUGAACCUACCCAGGACGAAGACACAGACACGCUGUUUGAUCUUUCUCGGACACAGAGCUCCACCGACGAAGUGGACGACUUUGGCCCAGAUAAAAAAUCCGCACGAUGA